AUGGCCAAUCCACAACGAACAAUUUAUGAAGCUAUCACUCGAAAUGACAUUGAUUCUGUGAGAAUUCAACUAACAAACAAUGUCAAUCCAAAUAUUUCCCCAAAUAGUCCGACAAUUACACCACUCAUUUUAGCCGUGAGGCUAAAGUUCUAUGACAUCAUAAAUGAACUAUUGAUGAAUGGAGCUGAUGUGAAUGGGGUUGAUGAAUUUGGACGGACUGCGUUGCAUGUUGCAGUGGACAAUAAUGAUGAGGCUUCCGUCUCUAUUCUUAUUUCACAUAAUUGCCAUUUAGAAAAAUAUAACAACACUGGUAAAACUCCUCUUACGUUGGCUGUGGAUAAAAAUAACAUCCACAUGGUUCGCUUUUUGGUUGCAUAUGGAUCAGUGGUUUAUAAGUAUGUGGAGCUUCCUGAACUCCCACCUCUUGCUUAUGCUGCCUUCUAUGGCCGCUUGGAUAUCCUUCAAUUCUUGGUGAAUGUUGAAGAGACAGAUAGAGAAAAGAAGAAUAAGAACAUGCAUUUAGCACUCUGCAUGGCCAUCACUGAGGGCCACAACGAAGUAGCAAAAUUCUUAAUUGAUAACGGUGCUCCAAUAAUUCGUAGACGAGGGAAUGAUUUAUCUCCUUUGGAAUUUGCAAUUAUUAGGAGAAAUGAAUACAUUGUCUAA